CUGCAACCAUGGCGACUCCGGAGCAAGCCAAGGGUAGUGCACCACCUGCAUCCGUUUCGGGUGGAGGCGGAGGGACGGCCGACUUCAUCGGAGCCUUGAUCUCCCUCGUCUCGCGGUCCGAUAUCCGAUAUCAGGGCUUCUUGGCGCAGAUCAACGCUGAGCAGGCCACUGUCGCGCUUGAGAAAGUACGCUCCUGGGGAACCGAGGGAAGGCUUGCGCAGCAGGGGCGCGCAAAUGACGAGAUUCCUCCCAACGACAAUGUCUACGACUACAUCGUCUUCCGAGCGGCCGACGUCAAAGAUCUCAAGAUCGAUGACCCACGACCUGAUCGAUCCAGACCGCCACCACCUCCCCCGCCACCCAGCAAUGCUUUCCAAGACCCAGCCAUCCUUGGAUCGAGUGGCCCUCCAGGAGGUGGACACUACGGAGGACCUUUCGGUCCACCCCCAGGUGCUCCAUAUGGAAUGCCUCCUCCACCACCACCGGGAGCCUUUGGUCCAGGCGGCUUUGGGCCUGGACCAGGUGGAUUUGGUCCUCCGCGCCCACCUUUUCCCAAUAACGGCAUGCCUCCGCCCCCUCAACAGGCCCACACUCCGCAACCUCAGCAAUCUCAACCACCUCAACAACAGCCUCCGCAGCAACCAGCUUCGCAGGAGCAGACACAAGAGAGCAAGCCCCCACCGAAGGGACCGAAAGCUGAUCAUGCUUCAAAAGCACCAAAGGACGCGCCAUCGCAACCUGCCGCGAACUCGGCAAAGGGCAAGGAGGAAAAGAAUGCCGACACGGUAGCCGAACAUCUUUCAAAGCUGAGCGUUGCAGGCGCGGCCAACUUGCCUGCUGCACCCACGAGCAAGCCUCCUUCUGCUUCUGCUCCUUCAGCAGCCAACUUGCCACCGAUCCCUCAUGCUGCAGCGGCAGCCGCCGCCGCCGCCAUCUCGCCUCAGGCCAAUGACCGUCGUGGUCGCAAUAUUCCGGGCUCUGGCGGACGUAACCGAGGCCCUUCCUCAUCCGUCUUUGAGAAUCCCCGUGGUGGUGCUGUCGAGGUGCCCGACUCCGACUUUGACUUCGCAGCUGCCAAUGCCAAGUUUGACAAGACAAAGGGCGAUGUGACUUCUCCUGAUGCUGGCGCUGGCGCCCCUGCACUCUCGGAAGACGCCAACGGCACCAUCGCAAGCACCAAUGGUGCUCUGCUCGACGCCAUCCCUCCGCCCGUCGACGUAAAGAGCUUCUACGACAAGUCUUCGGGCUUCUUUGACAACAUCAGCUCCGAGGUACGCGACCGAUACGACAGCAGAGACGGUGGCGGCAGAGCUGGAGGACGAGAAGGCGAGCCUGGAGCAAUGAGUCCUGGUCGAGGCGGACCUCCUUCAGCAGUCCGCGGACGAGGCACCGCGCGGGCUAAUCGCAUGGCCGAGGAAAGAAAGAAUAUGGAUACCUUUGGAGAAGCAGGCAAUCAGUACGGCGGCGGUCCUGGUGGGAGGGGACGCGGGCGAGGACGGGGCAGGGGACGAGGCAGAGGCGGUUACGGCAGGGGCGGGGGUCGAGGUGGAGGAACAAUGGCCUAAGGCUUCUCUCCCCCAUCUUUCAUGGAUGGCCCUUUCUCGAAUCAAGUUCGUGCAAUUGUGUAUCGUUACAAAAGCCCUUCUAGGUCUUACAAAUGUCAGGUCUGUUCUAGUGUCAUGAAUGAAAGCUCAAGCCUCCCCGCUCGCUCCUACCCUUUUCCCGAGGGAUCC